UCUCCCGUCACUCGCUGCUCGUCCGCUCCGGCAGUCCCCGCCCCUGUAGUAAAAGCUUCCAGCGCCCGGCUCUCCCGUGACAGCAGCCUGACCGUGUACCCGCCGGCAUGGGCUGCAGCAACUCGUCGUCUGCGGGAGGUUGCAAAGAUACCGGAAAAGACGUGUCAGAUUCAACAUCUCAAGAUGACAAGCAUAGGAAUUAUGGAGGAGUAUAUGUUGGUCUCCCAACAGAUGAAUCUACAUCAUAUAGAGAUUCAAAAGGAGAAGAAGCUCCCAGCAAACCAACAGCACUGAAUGCAACCCCUGAAUCUCCUCUACCGGAGAAUAUCUGCUAGCAGAAAGCUUGACUAAGAACUCUAAGUACGGGUAACUGAGUCCACAAGUCUAAUAUGACGUCUCAUGGAUAUUGCAUUCUGGAGAGGACAUUGUGGCUGACAUUGCAGUUGCCACUCCUGCUUUUUAGUGGAGCCUACAUAGUGUAUGAGGACAACCUCAAUCCAAGGAAACCUGGAAGGAGAACAUUGUGAAACUGAGGAUUUUGUAACUAGCCGAUAAUGAAUUACACUUUAGAUGAACAAUCCAAUUUGCCUCUUAUGCAAAAACAAUGCUUUAACAAAGGAAUAUACCUUCUGCUUAAAGUAAUUAAUCUUUGUAUAAUGAAAGCUUUUCAAAUUUGUAAGCUACCUAUUCAGUUCUUUACUAUUUUCAAGAUCUAUUUGCUGUCAUUGAAUGGAAGCAUUCUUGUUUACCGCAGCACUUACAUGCUUGUCAUAAGGGUGGUUACAAUUCUAUCAAAUCUGUGCACUAUAUAACCCCCAGGCUGAUCCAUUUUGCCUACACUGAUAUUUUGUAGCAAAUGGCCUCACAGGGAUGACUGAAGAUGCUCUCUUAUUUAUUAACUGUGAUAUAGAUAAAAACAGAAAACUAACAAUUUAACUUUGUGAAGCAAUACGAAAUAAUGGGGGCCAGUUGUGUCGUUUUUAGCUGCCUAAGAAAGAAUAGACAGUAACUGCUAUGGCUCAAAUAUGCAACCCAAUGUUCUCUAACACUAGAGGAUAAUGAACAGUUUUAACUUAUUUGGGGAAGCCUUACUGCAGCUGACGUUAUUGGUCAUCCUGUUAUGUAGAUUUUUAUACAAACUGAA